GUGUCCUGGCAGGUGCGCUUCUUGGAGCAGCAGAACAAAAUGCUGGAGACCAAGUGGAACCUCCUGCAGGGUCAGACCACCACCCGCUCCAACAUCGACGCCAUGUUUGAGGCCUACAUCACCAACCUGCGCAGACAGUUGGACAGUUUGGGCAACGACAAGAUGAAGCUGGAGGCCGACCUGCACAACAUGCAGGGCCUGGUGGAGGACUUCAAGAACAAGUAUGAAGAUGAGAUCAACAAGCGUACAGAGUGUGAGAACGACUUCGUCCUCAUCAAGAAGGAUGUCGACGAGGCCUACAUGAAUAAGGUCGAGCUGGAGGCCAGGCUGGAGAGUCUGACAGACGAGAUCAACUUCCUCCGGUCCAUCUAUGAAGAGGAGCUGCAUGAGCUCCAGAGCCAGAUCAAGGACACUUCCGUCAUCGUGGAGAUGGACAACAGCCGCAACUUGGACAUGGACUCCAUCGUUGCAGAAGUCAAAGCUCAGUACGAGGACAUCGCCAACCGCACUCGGGCUGAGGCAGAGACGUGGUACAAGUCCAAGUACGAGGAGAUGCAGACGUCCGCCAGCAGAUAUGGAGACGACCUGAGGGCCACCAGGACGGAGAUCGCAGACCUGAACCGCAUGAUCCAAAGACUGACAUCUGAGAUCGAUUCAGUCAAGGGACAGCGCGUCAACCUGGAGAACCAGAUCGCCGAGGCCGAGGAGCGCGGCGAGCUGGCCGUGAAGGACGCCAAGUCCCGCAUCAGGGACCUGGAGGACGCCCUGCAGAGAGCCAAGCAGGACAUGGCCCGCCAGAUCCGCGAGUACCAGGACCUGAUGAACGUCAAGCUGGCUCUGGACAUCGAGAUCGCCACCUACAGGAAGCUGCUGGAGGGCGAGGAGGACAGACUGGCCAACGGCAUCAAGUCCAUCAACAUCUCCAAACAAAGCACGAGCUACGCCCCCAUGGACAUGAAGAGCAGCUACUCCGGCAGCUACUCCAGCUACGGCAGCGGCGGCGGCUACGGCGGCGGCUACGGCAGCGGCAGCGGCUACGGCAGCGGCUACGGCAGCGGCGGCGGCGGCGGCUACAGCAGCGGCAACACCAGCGGCUUCAGCGGCGGCAGCGGCUACAGCACCACCACCCAGACGAAGAAGAACGUGGUCAUCAAGAUGAUCGAGACCAAGGACGGCCGGGUGGUGUCCGAGUCCUCCGAAGUCAUCGAGGAUUGAGCCGGGUUUUCUAGGAGCUCCCUUUUAUCUUUGCCCUCCUUUUGGUAGUUUUUACACUCACACGUCAAGCUCGCCCACGCACCAACUUAACGUCUUUUUUUUUUUGUCAUUAACCUGUCCGAAGCUUACCAAGUCCCGUAACAAACAGUAGAAUACCAUUUAUGACCUGAAAGGGACCAAAGAAUCUAUUGUGUUAUGUCUGAUAGUUGUCUCUGGAAAGUGACGUUAAAAGUGAAGGCAAAUCCAAAAUUUGAACGUACAGCUACUCCACCCACGAAAGGACUGCUGCCCUCCUCCUCCUUGUGGUGAACAGUGGUGUUGUCGAAGGAACGUGAACGUACUGAAGAGUCCACCGUCUAACUAAUGUGUAUGAAACUCCUGCUACAGUAGGUAGUGCAUGCCCCCCCCCCGCCCCCCCCCCAUGCCCGUGCGUGUCCUGUAACCGGAGAGCGCCCACGUGACCGUAGUGUCGUCCCGAGGUGCUGUUUUUGCUACCACACCAAAUAAAAAUGUGUCUGAAAAA